CCUUCUCUCACUCUGAGCUCCAGAGAGAGGGAGAGAGAGAGCACAAGAAAUGGAGGAUCAGAAGAUCGCGGACCUGGUGAUGGAACUCGUCCUCCGUCUCCUCCCUCCCGAUGCCGCCUCAGCCGCCGGAAUCACCCGCAGCCACCACCCUCCCGAUUCCGUUGCCGACCGUGCGUUCCGCUAUGCAAUGCGCAUCAUUGCAAGCCGGAUGUCUCCCUCCGUCUCCCCAGAUGAGGCCGCCGUUGCCGAAUCUAUCAAGCGCCAACUCGUCAACGACGGCCAUUCCUCCGAUGCUCUUGCAUUCGCGGAUCUAUACUCCAAGUUCUCCCUCAAAUCCGGGCCCGGCUGCAUCCGCAACAGGUGGGCACUUCUUUACCUCCUCAAGGUCGUGUCAGACGAUCGUCGGAGUGAUGCUGCUCGCGCCAGGGGCCUCUCUGCCGGCACAGUCUCCGGCGGACUCCCGGCGCUGCUACUCGACGACGGCGUUAGGGAUGCUAGGGUUAGGGAUCUCGUCGAUCGCCCCGUUAGGGCUUCGUAUUCUCCUACUUCUUCCAGAAGCAGCCUCCUGCGGAAAGCCCUUGGACGGGAUUCGGGCGGAGGCCUCCUCCUGGUGUCGAAGGACCCGGAUAAUCUCCGGCAGGCGGCGCUUAGGGAGUUCGCCGAUCUAUCGAGGGAGGAAUCUGAGGUUUCCGAGAGCGCAUUGGUGAAGGACGUGAUCUACGCCUGUCAGGGGAUCGACGGCCGGUACGUGAAGUUCGACCGCGAGGCGGACGCCUACGCCUUGCCGCCGACUGUCCGAGUGCCGAGAUCAACGAGGAUCGUCGUGAGGAAACUCUGUGAGCUGGGGUGGCUGUUCAGGAAGGUCAAGGGCUAUAUUUCAGCUGGCGUGGAGCGAUUUCAGGCCGAAGAGGUAGGGACGAUCGGCCAGGCAUUCUGUUCCGCUCUUCAGGAAGAGCUCUCUGACUACUACAAGUUGCUGGCCGUCCUCGAGGCGCAGUCUCUUAAUCCGAUCCCUUUGAUGUCCGAGGCGGCAACCGACGGCAGCUCCUCUGGGGAUUAUCUUUCCUUGAGGAGGCUCGCCGUCUGGUUGGCAGAGCCGCUAGUGAGGAUGAGGUUGAUGGCAGUCUUGGUCGAUGACUGCAAGAUCUCCAGAGGCGGGGCGAUGGCAGGGGCCAUCCACUCACGGGCCCGACAUGGAGAUCCAUUGGUUCAAGAGUUCAUGGGACGGCUCCUGAGGAAGGUAUGUUCGCCUCUGUUCGAGAUGGUAAGGAGUUGGGUCCUAGAGGGCGAAUUGAACGACGUCUUUGGGGAGUUUUUCAUACUAGCGCAGCCGGUCAAAGCAGAAUCACUAUGGAGUGAAGGCUACAGGUUACACCCUGUCAUGUUACCGGCUUUCUUUCCCGAGUCAUUGGCGCAGAGGAUACUAAGGACGGGGAAGUCGAUCAACUUUCUUCGGGUUUGUUGCGAGGAUCAGGGUUGGGCAGAAGCAGCUGCGGAAGCUGCAGCAACAGCCGGAACAUCCACUCAUAAGGGUGAGCUUGUUUAUGGUAAAACUGAAGCAUUGGAAGCGCUGGUUGUGGAGGCGGCGAAGCGAAUCGACCAGCAUUUACUUGACGUGAUGUAUACGAGGUACAAAUUCAAAGACCAUUGUCUCGCCAUAAAAAGAUACUUGCUACUUGGGCAAGGAGAUUUUGUACAGUAUUUGAUGGAUACCGUUGGUCCAGAACUUUCGGAGCCUGCAAAUACUAUUAGCUCCUUCAAAUUAGCUGGGCUUUUGGAGAGUGCGAUACGAUCUUCCAAUGCACAGUACGAUGAUCCCAAUAUACUAGAACGGCUUAGAGUGAAGAUGAUGCCCCAUGACAGCGGUGACAGAGGAUGGGAUGUUUUCUCACUGGACUACGAUUCUAGAGUUCCGCUUAAUACCAUUUUCACAGAAUCUGUAAUGGAGAGGUACCUUCGAAUUUUUAACUUCCUUUGGAAGUUGAGGCGCGUAGAGCAUGCAUUAAUUGGGGCGUGGAAGAAUAUGAAGCCAAAUUGCACCAUAUCUCGACUCCUAGAGAUGCAGGAAGGAGCGGCCAAGCUGCGGUUUGUGACUAUAUCAAGAAAAUGUCAGGUUCUUUGGGGUGAGAUGAAUAAUUUUGUUACUAAUCUUCAGUACUACAUUAUGUUUGAAGUUCUCGAGGAAUCAUGGUCUUCCUUCUUGAAAGAGUUGGAUGAAGCUCGUGAUUUAGAUGCCCUUCUUGCUGCCCACGAAAAGUAUCUCAACUCGAUAUUGGAGAAGUCACUUCUCGGAGAGAGAACAAAGGAUAUCUGCAAGGUUUUGUUUAUUUUGUUUGACCUCAUAUUGCAAUUCAGAAGCCUUGCUGAACGACUGUACGAAGGUAUCCGUGAUUUUCAAUCUAGCUUGGUGAAUUUCAGGGAAAGAACCAAAUCCAGGCCAAAAUCAAGGAAUGAGAUGUCUAAGCCAAACACUUACUUUGGUGGGAGUAGGAAGGCUUUCUCACAGUUCACUGCGGAGCUCUUGAAACGCAUAGGUGAAGAUCUGGACAAAAUUGUGAAAGAAUAUUCGUCUGUACUUGAAGGAUUCAUUUCACAAUUGCCUGUGGAGCAACACGUCGAUCUGAAGUUUUUGUUUUUCCGCUUAGACUUUACUGAGUUUUAUAGCCGGCUGAAAGUAAAUGCUACUUUGAAAUCCAUUUAGAAGACAGUAAGAUUCUUACGGGAAAGAAUGGAAUAUUCUCAUACCAGUUAUUCAUGCCAUGGUGGUGCUGUGCCUAACGCACAACCGGCUAUUGUUGAGCAACCUCUCCUGUUUGUCUGCAAGUUGAUAGUGCAGCACUCUUAAAGAAUGAACUGGCUUCAAGUUAGUCUGGCACUUUUCGAUCUGAUCAUCUGGUCUUUCGAGGCUCUUCAUCAUUGUGACAUAUGCAUCAACUAUCAAGUGAACAAAUUUAUCAAGAAAAUGAAGAAACUGAUUUUGAAGGCACAUAGUCACUAGAUCCAUACAAACAGAAGUGCAUUAUUGGCGUGAGAACAUGCAAAUUGGUUAUAUAUACGUAUCAGCUUAAGGCGACCGAAUAUAUUUGAUGCCUGCUUAGAUAUUGGUCACUGCCUGCUUGGGACUGCCUUCGGUUUCCCGGCUGAUGAGUGGAAAGAGAAAGUGAGAGCAUUUACGAUUGGUGAGCUUGAUAGAAUCCUUGUACAGCACUGGUGACAGGCCUUAACAGCUAAAAAUCCUGGUAUCAGAAUGUUUUGUGGCCAUUCUGUUCAUUUAUACUGUAAUGUUAUAAUGUGAGAUCACACACUCAUUAUUUGACGUAUGCAUGCAUUUUCAACCUAAUCAUGUGUACAAGGAACAGACAUUGAAGUCUUGUAGCCUUCUCUGCAUUUCCGAGGAACAGCUUUUAUGAGGUUUGAUGUAACAAGCAUUGUGAUUGUAGCUUGGCAUUGUGAGGCAUCCUGCCAAACAGGCCCCGGUCGACUACUGGUUUUCUCAUAUUACUGACAGGAAUAGCGAUAAGGUGACUUCUUUGGAGUUAAAUGGUGGUACUAUUGUUUGCAAAUGUUAAAAGGGGCAAGGAAGUAAGAAGGUGUCUGGUCAGGAUUAAUUGUGUUACUGUCAUCUGUGCAAUGGUGGGAGGUGCUGGGGAGAAAGAAAAGAGGAUUUUGACAGUGACUAAAAAUCUUCUCCAAACAGAACAGAGAGAGAGAGAGAGAGAGAGAGAGAGAGAGAGGGAGAGCCCAAGCACAGGAUCAAGUUUGCCUAGAUGCAGACAUUAGAGAUGCAAGGAUUUAUUAAAUUUCUAUUUUCUAA